CGCAUUACAGUCGGUUUGUGUUUUAUUUUUUUUUAUUUUUUUUCCACUGUGAAGUUAUUGUUGAAUAUUUCGGCGUCCGGUUCCGUGUUCUGGUCAUUUAAAGCUUUCAUCGAAUUCAGACGUUAACGGACGGUUUCGGAUACAAAACAAAACAAAAUAAAAAAAAACGAACUAAAAGCCGAAGAUGUGCGAGUGUGAACCCGGAGCGGCGGCGGGUGUGAACCGCUACAUGCUACGUGUACGGUAACGGUUGAAGUGAAGGAGGCUCUUAGCUAGCGGAGAGAGAGAGGGAGAGAGAGGGAGACAUGGACCCAGAACAAACAGGAUUUUAACUUUUUAUUUUACCGACAGAUGUUUAGAGGCUGUGGAACCGAACCGCCGGAGGUUUGUGCGGCGAAAGUUAGCAGCUCGGGCUCCGUCAAGCGGAGAAGAGGAUGAAGGUGUGAAAAACACUGGAAAUAACGGGGUCCCCCCCCCGAACCCACCGGAAAACAACGCGACUGCCGCUGCCUUCGUGCUUGUCUUGAGGGGUUAAAGCCCGUCGGGGCUCGAAUCGUUAACCGGCGGACCGAAGUCGGGCGGCGUGAGGUCUGUAAAGAUGAUGUACUCAUCGAGAAGAAAGCCUGUCCUCUACUUCAAAGAGGAGAGGAGGUAAGAGUUGGGUCUAGCUACUUGAAUCCUGUUAAUCCACAAUGAUUAUUAAAGAAAAAUAAAGUGUGUUAAAGAAAGAAGUGAAAGUGAAAGAAAGGACCGUCUUGAAACCAAACGAAGACUCUUUCUUGGCCUUUUGAAGAACUGAGGUCUCAAAAGUUCCCCAUCAAGAGGAGCGAGAGUUCCUGUCUGGUAAAUGUACGGUCUACAAGCUGUUCGGCCUCUGCGUGGUGCUGGUGCUGGUCUCUCUGCUCUGGCUGCAGCUCAGCUGUUCGGGCGAAAUGUCCUCCUCGAUGCAUGAAGACAGACGCCUUCCCCAGCAGCAGCAGCAGCAGCAGCAGCAGCCCUGCCCCGCUGACAGUCAGGCAUCUGCAGUGGACAACCCCUCCUGGGGUCCUCACAAACUGGCACUCAUCAUCCCCUUCAGAGAGCGCUUCGAGGAGCUUCUGGUGUUUGUUCCCUUCAUGCACACGUUUCUCAACAAGAAGAAGAUCCGCCACAAGAUCCUCAUCAUCAACCAGGUGGAUCACUACAGAUUUAAUCGAGCGUCCCUUAUCAACGUGGGUUACUUGGAGAGUGGUAACGACACAGACUACCUGGCAAUGCACGAUGUGGACCUGCUGCCCCUGAACGAGGCUCUGGACUACGGUUUCCCCGAGGACGGACCUUUCCACGUGGCCUCACCUGAGCUGCACCCGCUCUACCACUACAAGACCUACGUAGGAGGAAUCCUGCUGCUCACCAAGAAACAUUACCACAUGUGUAAUGGGAUGUCAAACCGUUUCUGGGGUUGGGGCAGAGAGGAUGACGAGUUCUACAGAAGACUGAGAAAAGCUGAACUACAGCUGUUCAGGCCGAGUGGAAUCACUACAGGAUAUAAAACCUUCCUCCACAUCCACGACCCGGCCUGGAGGAAGAGAGACCAGAAGAGGGUCGCAACUCAGAAACAGGAGCAGUUUAAGGUGGAUCCAGAGGGGGGGCUGACUAACCUUGGUUACCAGGUGGAGUCCAGGCAGGAGGUGACCAUCAGCGGGGCUCCCUGCACCAUCAUCAACGCCAAACUGGAGUGCGACCAGAACCAGACGCCCUGGUGUCUUCUGGCGUAGAUGACGGAUGCAGGACCGGUGUCGGUUCGGCUCUCACGGGAGGUCGUGUCUUGUUUGUUCUCCCGAGGCUUUUCAGGUUUUUAUCUAGCGGUGCGACACGGAUCCUUUUGGGAAGCGCUGGUCGUGGUUCUAAUUUUUGCCAAGGGGCUUUAUUUUUGCUUAAAUGUUCUGUUUUUUAAUGGAUGGCACUGGUCGAUCUGCAGCUGGAAUACCCUUCAGUGAAACCAAAUGUGGCGGCAUUGAGUUGGAAAAAGUCAGCCGAUCCUUGACUGGUAUAAAUAGGCUAAUUGAACAUUGAAACUGAACUGAAGCAGAACACGACCAGCCUGGAGUUUAAUGUCCCUGAGGAUUAAACAAACUACAUUUCCCUUUUAUCAGGUACAUCUCAACAACAGAACUGCUGUUUCAUAAGCCAGGUAAUAUAUGACCGUGGAUUAAAACUUCCUGAUGAUGGUGUCCUACCUGUCGAACUGGUCAGUUCAGUAACGGUAUAUUAGAAUUCCUCAACAUUGACUUGGAGACUAGUUGUGUUUUCACACCUUGAACAUCAAAGAAAACUGACCUGAAAACUGUUUGGCGUCCUCAAACCUCAGUGCAGUGGAUGGAGAUGGACUGUCACAAGUCAGAGCCAAACCAAGACGGACGAGCAUGACCAAACCCGAGCCGUCUGAAUCCUUCUCUCUAUUUUUUGUUCUUUUCGGUACCUGCUGGCAUGGUGUGCAUGCAAACUUAAAGUCUAUUUUUUUUACUCUGGGCUUGUGCAAAUGGAGCAGAGAUGGUGGAGGGACGGCUGCCAACGAAGCAUGUUUCACCAGAUAUCAAAUAUCUGCCAAAUAUGCAUCAUACUGUAAAAUCAACGUGUUUCUUUUAGGUUUUUCUCCAUGUUGGAGAAAAAGAUCAACUAUAAAAUUUGUGUUUUUGAGGAAUCCUCAAACACUGACAAGAGUUCGGCAAAUUUCUGACUACUAACCUCAGAAGUAUCUCAUUGUGUUUUCUUUUCCCGCUGACUCUGCUAAAACAAAGAAAGUGAGAUCUAAUGUUUGGCUGACACUCUUCUUAUUUUGUUUUUGUUUUGUUUCGUUUUUUUUUUUUUUUUUUUUUACAGUGUGUUCCUUGUUAAUGGCAGCGCAUUGAAUUCGCCAAAGAAAAAAAAUGGAAGACUUUAUUUUGUAUAUGUGACUUCUGUGUCUCAUAUUUGCAACUUACAUUUUUUUUGGGGGGGGGUUUGAAGUUAUGAGAUACUAAGUCGUUAUUAUGAGAAAACAUCUCUUAGUUUCUUUUCUUUGAUGAAUGCAAUGCUUCAAAGUAAACUGAGCCAAACCAAGCCAAACCAGGCUGAACUGAACUGUAGCAGAUUAUGACAUUGAUAUUUUGGCAGCAGCAGGAACUUCACCGGAACCUUUAACAUAAACAUUAACAGUUUAUAUUUAUUCUCAUCAGAGGUUGUAAAGUACAAUAAAAUCCGAAAUCUUUUUUUUUUAAAGACAAAAGCCAAGUAAAUUGUCCCAGAAACACAGGCCAGUUUUAUUGGUGUUUCUGACAAUUGGCCGUAAACAUUGAUAAAAAGAUUUGAGAAAUGUCUUUGAAAGUUGUUGUUUUUUUUUGUUGGUUUUUUCUUUUUUUUUGAAAAUAAAAUGUCAGUCAUCAUCUACACACUUCAAAAAUGCACUAGAGUGAGUAGAGAGUGACACACAUGUAAGUUUAAAUGUCAGUGUCUGGCCUAUUCCCUGUUACAUCAUUACAAAAACCUACUCAAAAAUAAGAGACAAAAAUUUGUUAUUAACUGUAUCGUGAUAGUGUCAUUGCAGAUUUUUUUUAAUUUACGAAAGAAAGAUGAUUUAUACCUGCAGCCAACAUUCAGGGCUCAAGAUUCCCAAGUUGAGCGAUUCAAUAUGAAAGAAAAAGGGUUAAUUUAAGGGUUAGUUUUUGAAAAUGGAAUAAAGUUGGUUUCAGUUACCAUGAAAAUACUUGUGUUUGUUGAUGGGAAGUUGUGAGGGAUCUUGUCCCGAUAAUAUUUCAGCUGUCAGAGUCAACAUAGAACGAUACUGAAAUAAAAUUCCAAGAGAGUGCAGAACCCUUUUUCUGAACCUUCAAUGUGAAUUUGUCCUUCACUAUCCUGGCUUAACGGUUCUGUUACAGUCCGGCUUUUUAGUUUAAUAUUCAGAGGGCUGCCGACACUGUCUUUUUCUCUGCUGUUGUACUGGUCGGCCUCCAGGGAGCGCUCUGGAGUUUUAAAUGCAAUGGAUUUAGAUUAACAGUGUGUGUAUACAGACCAUGGUGUCACAUUGAUAUUAUUUCCCAGAGACAAUGGUGCCAUGUAUUAGUACAAUAUUCAGUAUUUAUAUAAAUCUGACUACAAAAAUAUCGCGAGGUUGUUUGUUUUUCUUCUUUGUUUCCAUGUUUUUUGUUCAUAUUCACGUAGGAUAUGUUGUGAAG